AUACACACGCUCAUCCCUUCCCUUCCUUCCCUUCGCCCCCUCGCCUGCCUCCAAUCUUCCCUCCUCCUCCCUUCGACGCUCCCCCCUUGCUUCUCGCGCACACUAACCAAUCCGAGCACCCGACGCCGCGGCCCCGAUCGAAUCCACCGGAGCCGCGCGCCCGGGGCCGGCCCGCGCCAUUGCCCGAAUCGUUAGUGCGUUCGUUCGUCCGCCCGCGCUGCUGCCCCCGCACCCCCGCGCCGUGGCGGUGGCGUUGGCGGCAUGUAUGAUCGCUAGAGGGGGAGGAGGAGGAGGCGCCGGCGGCGGGGAUUAGGGCGGCAGCGGUGCUGGUGCCGGGAGGAGGAGGCGGAGCCGAUGAAGGCGACGGCGCCGCCGGCGAAGCGGCGGAGGGGCCCGCGGCUGGCGGUGCUGGCGCUCGUCUUCUGCUCGCUGCUCGUGCCGAUCGCCUUCCUCUUCAACCGCUUCCCCGCCGUGUAUGUGACGGAUGAGCGCCCCCAGCAGGAGAUUGACUUGCCUUCAUCCGGUCGCUUUGGGUUCGAAAUUGGUGGCUCUGUAAAUGAAGAUUCAUCCAACAAGAUUUCUAGGAGCAGUAAGGACUUGCACAAUGUUAUUGGUGAUCACUCUUCCAGCGUUAGCACUAAACCAAAAGUUCUCCCCCCUCCAAAAAUUGAACAAUCAGUUCUCCCCCCUCCAAAAGUUGAACAACCAAAACCAGAAGUGAAGCCGGUACCACUUCCAGUUCAACAAGCAGAAGGUGACCGAGUGAACAUUAGAUCUCGCAGAGUUCAAAAUGCUGAUGAAGUGGAAAAGGCUAAGGCUUGUCAACUUGAAUUUGGGAGUUACUGUCUCUGGUCCAUAGAACACAAAGAAGUUAUGAGAGAUGCUGUUGUGAAAAGGCUGAAAGAUCAGCUAUUUGUAGCCCGAUCUUACUACCCAAGCAUUGCAAAACUUAAAGGAAAAGAGGCACUGACUCGUGAGUUGAAGCAAAAUAUUCAAGAACAUGAGAGGGUUCUCAGUGAAUCUAUUGUUGAUGCUGACCUACCAUCCUUUAUAAAAAAGAAGAUAGAGAGGAUGGACCAAUCAAUUGCACGAGCCAAAUCAUGCACUGUGGAUUGUAACAAUGUCGACAGAAAGCUUCGUCAAAUUCUUCAUAUGACAGAGGAUGAAGCUCAUUUUCAUAUGAAACAAAGUGCAUACCUAUACAAUCUCGGUGUUCACACCAUGCCCAAAAGUCAUCAUUGCCUUAAUAUGAGGUUGACAGUAGAAUAUUUUAAAUCCGCGCCAUUGGAUCCAGAUGACUCCCCUGCCCAUAAGUUCAACAUUCCAGAGCAUAGGCACUAUGUCAUAUUGUCUAAAAAUGUUCUUGCAUCCUCUGUUGUCAUCAACUCAACUGUUAGUAGCUGUGAGGAUACUGAAAAUGUAGUCUUUCAUAUACUAACCGAUGCUCAAAAUUUCUAUGCCAUGAAGCACUGGUUUGCAAGAAACUCUUACAGGGAAUCAGCUGUAGAUGUCAUAAACUAUGAACAGAUUAUUUUUGAGAAUUUCCCUGAGUUUGGAACUCAGCUGUUGUAUUUGCCUGAGGAAUUUCGUGUCUUCAUCAGUAGUCUUGAGCGGCCUACUGAGAAGAGUAGAAUGGAGUAUUUAUCAGUGUUCAGUCAUUCACAUUUCUUUGUUCCGGAAAUAUUCAAAGAUUUAAGGAAGGUAAUUAUCUUGGACGAUGAUGUGGUUGUUCAACGUGAUCUCUCUUUCUUGUGGAAUCUUGAUAUGGGAGAUAAGGUCAAUGGUGCUGUCAGAUUUUGUGGUUUGAAACUUGGCCAAUUGAGGAACCUUUUGGGUAGGACAAUGUAUGAUCCACAGUCAUGUGCAUGGAUGUCUGGGGUGAAUGUGAUUGAUUUGGACAAAUGGAGAGAGCAUAAUGUUACAGAGAAUUACCUGCAACUUCUGAGAAAGUUUGGAAACAGUGAUGAUGAGGCCUCACUGCGAGCUGCAGCUUUGCCUUUAAGUUUGUUGUCCUUCCAGCAUCUUCUAUAUCCACUUGAUGAGAGAUUGACUUUAUCUGGACUGGGAUAUGACUAUGGUAUUAAAGAAGAAGUUGCCCAGAGUUCCACAUCAUUGCAUUACAAUGGAAACAUGAAACCUUGGCUUGAGUUGGGUAUACCAGAUUAUAGGAAGUACUGGAAAAGGUUUCUUGCACGAGAUGAGAGAUUCAUGGAUGAGUGCAAUGUAAGUCCAUAGUGCACUUGAACUUGGAGCCGGGAACGUUUUUGACAGUAGAUUUUCGGUCUACUGCUGUACUAUAUACUAAGAGGACGAACACUUCCAUUGAGAAAAGACCUGGGAAGCAGUCACCAGCCACCAAUUUUGACAGAGUAGAUCCAGGACCAUCUGUUCAUUGAAUUAGUGAGCUCGAUGGAUGGUUUUUUCUGCAGUUAGAGGAGUUAGUCUUAAGUUCGAAGGAUAAUGCAGUAGAUGGCGACGGCGAUGUGGUGAUGAGGCUCCAGGUAAGAGGGAGCAUCACACAGCAUCUAGAUUACGGGACAGGAAUGAUCGUUGGUGGAUUGCGGCACCUCAAUUGAAAUUGGUGCCUUCCACCUCAUCGGCGCAGGUUAAUUCUUUUCUUCGUUGAUUUUUUGACCCCUCCAUGCUUUGUCCUUCUGUCAAUAAGGACAUACACAGGUUAAGAUUAAAAUUCUUUGUUCUUAGUUGUUGCACAUUGAUUGUUCUACCAUUAUUAUGUUGAUGCAAAGUAUAUUAUGAUGUCAGAGACUCAUCAGUUACAAAAAACGAGAUUGACCCCUGUUCUGAUUGGAUGUCUUAUGAGCAGUCGCACUCA